AUGGUGAUCGCGCGCGCCACCCUCCAGAACAGCCAGGGCGGUGGGGCCCAGGAGAACGUCCAGGCCGACUUAACUGAUGUCGAGCAUGGCAAGAUCAUGUCGGUCACUAGCGGCGAGAAUGCGGUCGGCGCCAUCGACCAGGCCAUUGAGAAGUCGGGCGCCAAGAGGAUGAAGGUCUUUAUCUUCCCGGACGAACGGGAACUAGUCAAGAGGAUCAAGCUGGAUCUAGACUCGGGCGACAGCAGAUCUGGACCGCGAUUUACGGUCCACCGACGGAGCGGAAUCACCGAGGCCAUGCUGUCCAGCGUCGCGGGCGGCGGCACCAAUGAUGAGGCCAACCAAAAUGCUGAUGAGGACUAG